AUGUCUCAUUACAGUCUUCUGGCCGCCUUGGCUGCAGUUCUUGCUGGAGCCAACGAGUUUACGCCUUAUAUAUAUUUUGAAAACCAAGAAUUCCUCGCCAACAAAUCUAACGCUGCUCGAAUCUCGUGGCCAGAUGUCGAGGCAGCUUUCCAGCACCCUUCUACAUCAGACGUGUCUAGCUAUGGCGGCUUUGACUGGACGAAACCUUAUCCUGGCUCUCCAAUCGAAGGCUUCCAGGCUCACCUGCGCAUCGCCCAUGACGUGCCGUGGCCGGAGAGUGUCGCUAAGUACCGGUCGACAGAGGUCACAGCGCUUACAUUUAGCGUUCCUGAGGCCUUGAUGAAUACGGCGAAGGGUGUCCCUAAGGCUAUAGAUCCGUCAUGGUACAUUUGCCGACACUAUUUCGUGAGCAAGCGGCCUGAUCCCACUGCACAAGUCGAUCACGACUGCGGCUUCCUAUCCGCGGAAUGCCGAGCGGACUUUGAGGAUAGCCUUACAAAGGGCUGGUUUAAAGAGGAUCCCGACGUACCUUGCUCUGCAUUAACUUUCGACCCAGUUCCUGUGAGUUGUCAAGACACACUCGGUCUGAUUCGUGGCGAUGUGAUCGCUUGGAGUUCGGAGGCCUUCGAGGAUGAAUACACCGCCAAGGUCCUAGCAGUAGACCAAAUCACCGACUCGUCGUGGCUAAUUGGUACUGGUGCCGUUGCUAAAGGCGACAUGGAUGCGUAUUACGAAGCUUCUAACCGCACCUUUAUCGUCGGCACGGUGUUUGGUUAUAGCGCCGUCGUCGAUAAGGCCAACAGAAAGACCCCAAGAUUGUCCUUGGCUUGUCUGCGACCUCAAUGGGAAGCUCCCCCGAAGUCAAGUGUGUCAACCACUGUGACGCCCUACGUCUAUCCACAGCAGUCUACCACCGCAGCGGUGUUUACCACCACUUCGGCGCCUACCACAGUCCAGAGCGAGUCACCAACAACAACUGAGGUGGCAGGCUCUGUAGGCGUUUCGAACACAGCGACUCCCAGCAAGUCCAACGGGGACUUACAAAGAGCUGUGCCACUUUCAUUGUCAGUAUGGGUAUUGUCCGCCAUCGGCGUGGUAGUGCCUCAAAUAUUCUGA